UUCCUGAAAAAUUACCAAGAGCUGUUCAGAAGAUAGGCUGCGAGUCAGAGGAGACUGCAUUCAUCAGAUAAUAAUAAAACAAACAAACAAAACAAAAAUCCACAACAGUAAUCAAUCGGACUGCAUCUGUAUUAUAAACGAAAUCGGGAAAAUGGCGUACUACCAGCAACAGCCAUUUUACAACCCAAGAAUCCCAUUUACUGGCUCUAUUCAAGGAGGCUUGAGGGAUGGCAAGAGUAUCAUUGUAUGUGGACGGGUCUUACCAGGAGCCAACAGAUUUCAUGUGAAUCUCCAGUGUGGUUCGAGACCCAAUGCUAAUAUUGCCCUGCACGUUAACCCACGUUAUGACGCCAGUUCAGGAUACAUUGUAACUAACACCAAGCAGAAUAACUCCUGGGGUGCAGAGGAUCGUAUAUACCAGGCUCUCUUCCCCGUGGGAAACCCUUUCAAUCUGCAGAUUCUGGUGACAAGCCAAUCAUACAAGAUAAGUGUCAAUGGCAUUCAUGUCAAGGAUUACAUGCACCGUAUCCCAUUCAACAUGGUGGACACUAUUGUAGUGGAUGGGAUGGUGGAAGUUAAUACCAUCAAUUUCCAGGAUCCUGUGGGUUUCAUACCUGCCCAAGCUGGAUUCCAGACACAGUUUGCUUAUCCUCCUGGAUAUGGUGCCCCUGCAUUUUCUGCUCCAGCAAGCUAUAGUGUGCCAUACAAAGCCAUCAUCAAUGGUGGAAUUCAACCUGGCAAGAACAUUUCCAUCCAAGGUGUAGUUAAUCCUCAAGCUUCCAGAUUUUCCAUUAACCUGCUUUACCGAAAUGGGAUUGCAUUUCAUUUCAAUCCUCGCUUUGAUGAGAAUGUGGUUGUGCGCAAUACCAAAACAAUGGAGGCAUGGGGCUCAGAGGAGCGCUUCGGAGGAAUGCCAUUUCACAAGGGACAAAACUUCCAGAUUAUCAUCUCCUGCAAUCCCCAUCAUUACAAUGUGUUUGUCAAUGGGAACCAAAUGUGUACCUACAACCACCGCUUCACCAGGCUGGGAGAGAUUGAUGUUUUGGAGGUGACUGGAGACCUGAGCUUGACUGCUAUAAAUGUUUAGUCUUUUUUUUUUUACCAUCUCUAAGUGUACCGUUACAUUUUUUAAAAUAAACUAACUGGUCAGUAAAUCCUGUGAUUAUUAAGUAAAUAAAAGCAAAUAAAUCUUACAUUGCUCAAAUAUAAUCUUUUUUAUUACAAUUAUAUAAACAGAAUGAAUGAAAUAUAGUCAUAUAGUCAAAGAAUCAGUUUUUACUGUGAAUCUUUUUUAAUUACAUCUGUUUUGUACCUGAAAUGUAUCAAAUGAUAUCUUGGUAUUUACCUUUAACCCAAGCAAUAAAGCAGUGUCAUCUGGUACUAUA